CCGCCCGCUCCGGCUCUCCAGAAAAAAUAAAUAAAAAACCCGGGCGCGAUGCGAGCGCGGGGAGGAAGCGCGGCCUGAGGGAGGGGGCGCCGGACGGACCCACCCGCCGGCCCCGGCCCCGCGGCGGCUGGAGGAGGGGACUCCCCCCCUCAAAAUAAAAUUACAAAAAAAAAAAAAGAAAAAAAAAAAGCAAGCGCGGGGAGUGGGGGCUCGGAUUGGAAAAGCCACCAUUAGGGAGGAAGCGGCGGCGAGGAAAAGCCCGGAUCCGGAUCCAGAUCCAGAAGCGAGGACGAGACAUUUGUAGAACCGGGGGGCGGGGGGGUUUCCCCUCCUGCUUUUUUUUUUUUUUUUUUUUUUUUUAGGGGGGGUGCUUUUUUUUUUUUUUAUUCCCCCCACGUUUCUCCGGUAUUUUUGGAGCGGGGGGUGCAGCCAGGAGGAGGAGGAGGAGGCCCAGCUGAGCAAAGUCAUCGCCGUCGGCCCCCCCGGCGGCUCCGCGCUCCAUGUCUGCGGCGCCGGGCAGCGGCCGCCCCAGCAGCGCGUGAGCGGGGAGCAGCAGCAGCAGCAGCAGGAGGAGGAGGAGGGGAGCCCGGGAGAGCGUCUCCCUCCCUCCCUCCCUUCCCCCGGCCUAGCCCCGGCCCCCCGCCCCAAGAUGGGCUGCCUGGGGAACAGCAAGACGGAGGAUCAGCGCAACGAGGAGAAGGCGCAGCGCGAGGCCAACAAGAAAAUCGAGAAGCAGCUGCAGAAGGACAAGCAGGUCUAUCGGGCCACGCACCGGCUGCUGCUGCUGGGUGCUGGUGAAUCCGGUAAAAGCACAAUAGUCAAACAGAUGAGGAUCUUGCAUGUGAAUGGAUUUAAUGCUGAGGAGAAGAAAAUGAAAAUUCAGGAUAUUAAAAACAAUAUUAAAGAAGCUAUAGAGACAAUAGUGACAGCAAUGGGGAAUUUGGCACCUCCAGUUGAACUAGCCAAUCCAGAGAACCAGUUUCGAAUCGACUACAUCUUAAAUUUAGCUAACCAGAUAGACUUUGAUUACCCACCAGAGUUUUAUGAACAUACAAAAACACUUUGGCAAGAUGAAGGUGUGAAAGCCUGCUACGAGAGGUCUAAUGAAUAUCAGUUGAUUGAUUGUGCACAGUACUUUCUAGACAAGAUUGACAUAGUCAAACAAAAUGAUUAUACACCAUCUGACCAGGACCUUCUCAGAUGCAGAGUUUUGACAUCAGGAAUAUUUGAAACCAAGUUUCAGGUGGACAAAGUAAACUUUCACAUGUUUGAUGUUGGAGGGCAAAGAGAUGAACGCCGGAAAUGGAUCCAGUGUUUUAAUGAUGUGACUGCUAUCAUAUUUGUGGUGGCCAGCAGUAGCUACAACAUGGUUAUACGAGAGGACAAUCAGACCAAUCGGCUUCAAGAAGCACUAAACCUCUUCAAGAGUAUCUGGAACAACAGGUGGCUACGGACCAUUUCAGUAAUUCUUUUCCUGAAUAAACAAGAUUUGCUAGCAGAGAAAGUUUUGGCAGGGAAAUCCAAAAUUGAAGACUACUUUCCAGAAUUUGCUCGCUACACUACACCAGAUGAUGCAACACCAGAGCCUGGUGAGGAUCCCAGAGUUACAAGGGCCAAGUAUUUUAUUAGAGAUGAGUUUCUUAGAAUCAGCACAGCAAGUGGAGAUGGAAGGCACUACUGCUAUCCUCACUUCACAUGUGCAGUGGAUACAGAAAACAUCCGGAGGGUUUUCAAUGACUGUCGGGACAUUAUUCAACGGAUGCACCUUCGCCAAUAUGAGUUGUUGUGAUGGAGAGCGCUUUUUUCUGUGUUUUGGACUCCUUAUUCCUUAUUAAAAAAGAAAAACAAACAAAAAACACAAAAUAAACAAAAACAAAAAACCCUUGCCCACAUAGGGUGGAAGAAAACUGUUGCAGUCUCCCUCUGAUUUGCACCCCUCGACUUUUUUCCUUGCUGGACAGUAGCAGCACUUCUAAGCUUGCUUGUGUCCCCCUCGGACAGUUGGAGAUGGCCCCUAAACUUAAAGGCCGUUUCCUUGGGGAUUCCCUAACACUGUUAUUAACAAAAAAAAAAUUAAUAAUUGUAAAGCCCUGAAUGUGGAGUGCCUGAAAGAAUUGGGGAUAAUUUUUUUUAAAGUAAAACAAAAAAAUUGGGGAGAGAAAACUUUAUGUAAUUUAGCACUGUUGUGGGCAUAAUCAUGUAACCCAUGAUCUCAACUUUGUAUCCAUUCACUGCAUCAGACAAAAGAAGGUGCCAAGUCACAGACCAAGUUUGAAGACAGACGCUUCUUGAGUUUGGUUCUCUGACUGUAAUGUGGCUUUGAACGGAAAUACUGACAAUUCUGCAAAAGACCUAGACAGUGCAAAAACCAACUGCUACCUUUCAGAAGGGUAUUUUUAAAUCCAGUCUUAGUGGUCUUUAGACAACCGUGGACAUUAUGAAUUGAACUGCGUAAGGCCUGUGAUUGCAGAAAGAGUUAACCACACACUGUUUUCAGUUUGUCCACUGAUGAUCCUGUCUGCUAUAAAAAUCAUUAUCUGGACAGUAGUCCUCACAGUCUUUCCCUUCUCUUUCUUCUUCCCUCCCCUCAUUUUUUAUUUUACUGCUGGAUUAUUAUUCUUGUACAGACUGUAAAAUGUAUUAUUUUGUACAACUUUAUUGAAAAAAAUAACUUGUAGAAGAUCUUUGUGCCUUGAUUAUGGCUGUACCUGUACAAUGAGCUAAGAUGUAAGUAUGUUUGAUUGCGCUGUACAGCUUUGUCAACCCUAUCUGCAGCAUUAGCUCAAGGUAGGGAAAAUUUAUCUGUAGUUUAGUUUUUCUGGUUUAUAAAAGAAGGAAAAAUACUGUUUAGUAAAAAAAAAAGAAAAAAAAAAGUACAAAUUGUGCAAACUUAACCACUUUAAAAGUGAGGUCUUCAACAAGUGACCAGAUGUUGCAGCAUCAUGCUUUUUAAUUUUUAGCUUUAAUUCAUUUAAAUCUCUAUCCAAAUGCAAAACAUGGCUUGUUUCUACAUAAACCAAAUUUUGCUACAAAUUAUAAAUGUUAGUGUUUGGUCAUUCAUAAUCCUUUUCGCAAAAGACAAAAAAAAAAAAAAAACCAGAACAAAAACAGACACAUAGGCAUCAUGCAGGUCUGGUGACCAUCUGUAGACUGGGCCAAAUACCCCACCAACCUCCACUAUACUGCGUGGGCAUAAUACUACCAGAAUGACAAGGUGUGCACUGCCCUUGGAUUUGGCCACUGAAUUCCAGUUUCAAAUGACAUUUUUAUUUCUCUUUUAAUAAAGAGAUACCUUAGAACCUUUUGUUUUAUAUUAACUAUAUAAGUAGCUUAAAGUGAAGAUGUGUGGAUUUUUUUCUUAAACUUGAAUAAUUUAUGCAAAUUAUAUGCUUAGAACAACAUGUGGUACAGUAAAAAGAAAAAGAGCAAAAAUCACUGUAGCAAUAAGAGAGCAUGUAAUUUUAGUAACUACUACACUGCUUUAUAUUUUAUACCUAGGUGUUUUAUGUCUCUGUGAGUGUGUUACUUUUUCAUGUGUCUAAACCUUCGUGUACAAUUUGUACAAAGUCAGAAAUUACAGCUGUAAUAACACAUCUAGCACAGUGUUAGCCUAUAUUACUCGAGCACCUCUCUUCCCCUCUGCCCGCACCCCUAACUCAAUCUGGUUCGUUAUGCAGCAAAUUUGAAACAAACUUCCCUCUUUCCCUUUCACGCUAGCUUUUUUUUCUUUUCUGUUGUGUUUUGUUUUAUGGUUUUUGAGAGAGGCAAAACCUCUCUUGGCUUCUCUUUGGGAAGAGGUCCACUUUAAAUUAAAGGUAGGGUGUGGUCAGGGAUGGCUGCAUGGGUAGAUUUGCUCCAGGUGCCAGAUGCCUCUUUAAUUAAGAACUGCAACUUUUCAGACUUGUGAGCUGGUGCUGCUAACCCUUUAUGAGGAAGUGAACCACCUUAGUCUUUCCACACAUGUGGAAAGCAAGGACUAGGUGGAGUUAGUCUCAUUCCCCUUUCACGCAGAAUUGUAGUGAUUUUUCAGAAGACGCUAAUUGUCUUAAAAAAACCCAACAAAAACAAAACCUUUGGCUGCAGUUACUACUCAGAUUUGAAAAACCUGUCUGUCCACUUCACACAUUCAGAAAGCUGCUAUCUUGAAGGUUUUGAAAUGAUAGAAGAUCUUGUCUGACCUAAAAUAGCCCUAUUCAAUACAAGAAUGUAUCUAGUGCCUGUAGAUUAAGGGCUGGGGUUUCAUGAGGGUAAAAGUUGGAUACAAAAAGAGGAAAUAAAAUGUGAGCCUUAAUUUAUGUUAUAGGAGCCAAAACCAUUAAAUUUAGUGCCAACCCAUAUCUUCUUCUGCCUGGAAGGAGUUGGUAGAAAACACCAAUUUUGAAAGUGGGGAAAACCUCCAGUGGUAUGGAAUAUGAUGACUGAUCGGAGAGAAAGAAAGUACCACCUUAAACAGAAAGUAGUGCUAACUCCUUUCUGUAGUGAUGGAAGGAUACGUAAGCAUAGGUUACAAAGAAGAAAUAUAUAAGAUUAUAAUGUUUUAGGAAACCUUCCUAUAAAGCAUUUUGUGAAAGGGAAUAUUUAGGAGAUGCUUUUUUUUUUAUUUAAAGAAGGAAAGAAAAAAAAAAAAAGACAAUGUAUUCAAAACAGUCGGGUUGCACAUGUUUGGAGAGUGUGUGUGUGUGUGUGUGUGUGUGUCUUCAUGUCAGUAUUGCCUUUGUUAGUUUCUUUUAUUAGUCCAUGCAGCUUGGUGGCCUGGUAAAUGUAAGUCUUAUUUUUAACAGCUUUUUUGUUUUGUUUUUAUUUUUAAUACAAAAACAUAAAGCUUUAAUGCUUGCUAUUUAAUUAGUAACUCUGUGUUUUCUUCUGUCUCUAAUUUAGUGGCCAUAAUUUGCAGUUAUUUGAACCAUUCCAACGUAAUUCUUACCCAUAUUUUCCUAGGUUUUUUUUUUUUCUAUUUAUUUAUUUGAAUUUCUUCCUUUUUUCAUAAUUUAGGACUUUCACUUUUGUCUCAUUCGCCUCUUCAGGAAUUUCUGACCUUACAGCCAAAACUUUACUCAUUCUACUCAGUAUUCAUCAUGAUGCUGAAGUGUAAAAUACCUGCAAAUGUAAACACUACCACUUUUAUUAAUAAAACAAAAUGCAGUGUUUUAGGGCACAUUUGCAUCACUAUAGUUAAGGUUGUGUCAGUAUUUCCAUUAUAAACCCAUAGAGGAUCUAUAUCUUGGCACUAAAUUAUCCCAACCUAAAUCUUUGCCACGGUCAAGCAUGAUUUGGUGGGUUGGUUUUUAAACAAUUUCCAACACAAACUUUGGGUUCCGUUUUAAGUUAUACACCUGUUUUGUUGGAUGGGGGUUGGUUUAAAAAAAUGAUUGGUUCAAGAUUAUUUUUGGCACUUGUAUAACUCAAAAAAAGUUUUGAUUUAAAAACACACACUUUGGCAAGCCAGUUACCUCCAAUAUGGUCUGAUCACUUUGGGUAUUUUGUAAAAAUAAUAAUAAAUAGUAGCAAUGUUGUGGUUUCAAAAUCA